AUGGAGUCUGAUUCUGCUCUACAAGGCGAUUUGCCAGAUGGCGCGGAAAUGUCUCCCCUAGCAGGAAAUCAACCUGAAAAUGCAGAAACUUCUGAAAGUAACCUGCCGGUUCACGAUUCCCAAGAGAAUCCAACCGAAGAAACAGCUACAAACGGAGCACCAACAAGUAGUAGUGAUGUUUUGGAUGUGGAUUCUGGAAUUCAAACGGCUGAUAGUGAAGAACAUGCCUUUCAUGAUCAAGGGAAUGCAGAAGCUGAAGAUGAAAUGGAUAUUGAUGAUAGUACACCAGGUAAUGUUCCUGAUGAGCCUACAUACAUUGGAGACAAUUGCUUGUCUACACCAGGAGUCACUGAAGAUAAUUCACCACAAGAAGACAGUCAGUCAGAUCCAAUGCUAAAAGAACCUGUUUUGGAUGAGAAUGAAGGUGCUGAUGCCGCUCAAGAGGAGUCUCCAGACCAAUCAAUUAGCUCUGCUAUGCCUAUAGAGGGAGAUGGCGCACCUAUCAUUCAGGAUGAAGAAUCGAGUACAAUGGAUGAAGAUAUGGGUGGAGGCGAGGGGGUUGCUAGCAGCGAUGAUGUCAAUGAUAUCAGCAGUGCAGCCCAGGAAGUGCUUAGCACUGGUAUCAGUUCCAGUACAGCAGAGGGUGGAGCAGACAUUUCCAGCAGUGGACAAACUGAAGCAGCUCUAAUCUCGUCGACUGCAAAUGGUCCGGCUGCACUUCACUCGUUCUCAGUACUUCCACAACAACAGCAAACUAAUGAAUUCAGCGAUGCCGACACCUCAGAAAUGGAAGGCGUAGCUGACACAAUGCCAACAGUGAGCGAGUCUAUGCCUAUUCUUACCAUGACGGCAAAUGGUGCUGCAUUGCUAUCGCCCAAUCUCUUACAAGGUGAGGAGGGCGGCGCGGGCGUGUCGUCGUCGGUGGCGGGGGAGGAGGGCGCGGCGGCGGAGGGCGAAGCGGGCGAGGCGGGCGCGGAGGGCGCGGAGGGCGCGGCGGGAGCGGGCGCGGGCGCGGCGGAGGGCGAGGGCGCGGUGAGCAGCUCGGUGGCGGGCGCGGCGCCGCCGCUGCCGCCCGCCGACGCGGCGCACGCGCUGGCCACGCUCGCCUCGGCCGCGCUGCAUCACCACCAAGACCAGCCCGAGCAAGAAGAACAAAAAAUCCAGAAUGACGAAGACGCGUGGUACACUGUUGGUAUCGUAAAAGGUACCACUUUUACGGUUCAAAAUUACAUUUCCGACCCUAAUGUUGAUCUUUCUAAUCUAUCCCUUGACAAUUUACCGGAUCUUAGUGGACUUCCGGUGACACCACUGGAACAUGGCACUGCAUAUAAAUUCAGAAUUGCUGCGAUUAACUCUUGUGGGCGCGGCGAAUUCAGUGAAGAAUCUGCGUUUAAAACGUGUUUGCCAGGAUUUCCGGGCGCACCGUCAGCGAUAAAGAUAUCAAAGUCUGUUGAGGGCGCACACCUCUCGUGGGAGCCGCCACAAGUUGCUGCUGAAGGGAUUUUCGAAUAUUCUGUUUACCUCGCCGUACGCUCAAAUACUCAGCCUAAGGAGGCGGCGAAGUCCCAGCUGGCGUUCGUGCGCGUGUACUGCGGCAAGGCCAAUACGUGCGUGGUGCCGGCCGCGUCGCUGGGCUCGGCGCACGUGGACUCGUCCACCAAGCCCGCCAUCAUCUUCCGCAUCGCCGCGCGCAACGACAAGGGCUACGGGCCCGCCACGCAAGUCAGGUGGCUCCAAGAUAUCAAGUCUACAGGGGUAAAAAGAACGGGCGACGGUCGGUUACCAGGCGCGUCACCCUCCAAGCAACCCAAACAAAUAUUGCAUUGA